GGCAGGGGACACCAUGACCGGGAGAGAGGGGCCCCCAGCCCCCACCAGGAGCACUGGCUUUGGCAUUCAGGAAAUUCUGGGACUCAAUAAGGACCCCCCUGCGCCCCCCCGGGGCCACAUUCACCCUCUGCCCCCAGGGGCCCAUCUCUUGGCUGCCCGUUCUGGCCUCGGGCUCUUGGGAGCCGGUGGGAUCCCCACUUUCUACACCCAGUCCGCCCUUCUGCUUGGGGACCCCCAGGGGCCAAGGAUGCAAUCAGUGGGCAGGAGCCCGGGGCCAGAGGACAACAGCAGGACCUGCAGCUCAGAUUCAGAAGAAGUUUCAUCAAGUGACCGUAAACUUCCGAAAUCUCUCAGCCAGAGCAAGAAACGGAAGAAGAGGCGGCACAGGACAAUAUUUACUUCAUACCAACUGGAGGAGUUGGAGAAAGCCUUUAACGAGGCUCAUUAUCCUGAUGUUUAUGCGCGAGAGAUGCUCGCUAUGAAGACAGAACUCCCGGAGGACAGAAUACAGGUCUGGUUCCAGAACAGACGGGCCAAGUGGCGGAAACGGGAGAAGUGUUGGGGUCGGAGUAGUGUGAUGGCAGAAUACGGCCUGUAUGGAGCAAUGGUGCGACAUUCCAUUCCUCUCCCAGAAUCGAUCCUGAAAUCUGCCAAAGAUGGCAUCAUGGAGUCUUGUGCCCCCUGGCUGUUGGUUCAAGAUGGCUUGGCAAUACCCAGACGAUUUUCUAAACCUGCAUACCAACAAUUCUUUGCAGGGAUGCACAAAAAGUCACUGGAGGCCGCCGUGGAAGGGGCGCCGCAGCCUGAGCGAGAGGUACCAGCAUUACCCAGCCAGCCCGAAACCAAUGAAAUGACGGAGGCCGAGCAUCCGAUUCCAAUUUCAGAAGAGGAGCUAAGAGAAAACAGCAUUGCUGCGCUGCGUGCACGGGCACAGGAACACAGCGCCAAGGUACUGAGAAGCACCAGCUGCGAGACACCCGCACAAAAACAUGACGAGGAUGAAGAAGAGACGCAGACAUGUGAUUCAUUGGAACAGGAAUAGGCACAGGUCUUGCAAUAUGGACUCUUUACUCUGAGAUAUUGUUCAGGAAGUGCACUACCCACACUGAGCCAGAAAACUAUCAGGGAUUAGACAUACAAUAUUGGCCGAGAGGGCGGCCCACGCUACUCAGUGUUAAACACCCACUGUAAUCGCUAGAUCCCUGACCAUUCUGAGACCCAGGGAACUCUGUACAUUAAACAAAGUGUCAGUGCCAGCCAGGCACACUGUGCAAUGACCAAUAAUGUUAUCAGUCCUGAUCCUGUAAAUACUGUAUAGUCCUAAUCAAUGUUUUAUUAGUUCUGUGAUUGAUGU